AUGCAGUCCAAACGCGAAUGUGAGCAAUGGUGUGAGAGGGUGAAUCCCGAAAAUAAGGCGGCCCUGGAGGCGUGGGUCAGGGAGACAGGCGUCCGCCUAGUGCAAGUGAACGGGCAGAGGAAGUAUGGCGGGCCACCCCCAGGCUGGGUGGGCAGCCCGCCGCCGGCGGGCUCCGAGGUGUUUAUCGGCCGGCUGCCCCAGGACGUGUACGAGCACCAGCUGAUCCCACUCUUCCAGCGUGUGGGCCGGCUUUACGAGUUCCGCCUGAUGAUGACCUUCAGUGGCCUGAACCGGGGCUUCGCCUACGCCCGCUACAGCUCGCGGCGCGGCGCCCAGGCAGCCAUCGCCACGCUGUACAACCACCCUCUGCGACCGUCGUGCCCGCUGCUCGUCUGCCGCAGCACCGAGAAGUGUGAGCUGAGCGUGGACGGGCUGCCGCUGGGCGUGACCCACAACAUGCUGCUGCUGGCGUUGCAGCCCCUGGGGCCCGGCCUGCAGGAGGCGCAGCUGCUGCCCAGUCCUGGCCGGCAGCCCGCGCAGAUAGCGCUGCUCAAGUUCAGCUCGCACCGCGCCGCCGCCAUGGCCAAAAAGGCCCUAGUAGAAGGUCAGUCACGCCUCUGUGGAGAACAGGUGGCUGUGGAGUGGCUCAAGCCAGACCUAAAGCAGUGGCUCCGCCAGCAGCUUGUGGGUCCCUCAUUUCAGUGCCUUCAGCCAGAUGGCAGCCAACUGGUCCUGGCCAGGGGCAAGCUGGGGUACCAAGGUUCUCGGGCUGCUCUGCAGCUGCUGUGCCAACGAAUGAAGCUGGGCAGCCCAGUAUUCUUAACCAAAUGUUUGGGUGCAGGACCUGCUGGCUGGCACUGCUUCUGGUACCAGGUAGUGAUCCCUGGGCAUCCAGUACCUUUUAGCGGCCUCAUCUGGGUCGUGCUGGCCACGGAUGGGCAGGAUGCACAUGAAGUGGCCAAGGAUGCUGUGUCUGCUCGGCUGCUGGAGGCGUUGAGUGAAUCUGCAGGUGGUCUUUUAUGGUUUUCAGGAGCUGAAGCAGGUUCUGUGGUUAAGCAGUGAUGCCUGCAUCUCCCCACAGGCAGCCUGAA